UGCGACAAACAUGGCAGCGCCCAUAUGUUUAUAUUUUCUUGCACAGUUUGUCAGCAUAUACCCAACAUUAAUUACUUCAAUGUUAUUUUUAAAAAUUACUGCAGUUAAAUAUUAAAAAAAAACAAAAUGGUGAUUCGUGCAGUGCCUAAUUGUUUCGAAAGAACGAGAAAAAGGGGAAAGAAAUGGAGAGAGAAUCGCUAUGGAAAGGUAACCUUUCACAGGAUACCAGAACGAGGAAAGAACUACAGUACUGUAAGGCUGAGAGAAAAUGCUGUGCCUCAAGUCUCACACAAAAAUACGGAUUUUCCAAUGGAGGAGGAGAGUGGACAAAAAUUUGUACAGCACGGCAUAGAAGAGUCUUGUUUAAAUAAUACUGAAGUUUGCACCUUGCAUGAGAAUGGAAACGUGUCGGAGGAGGCAGAAAGAGAAAGUGUUUUACACGUACAAGGUGCAUUUAAUCCUUCAAUAUUAGAAGUCAUCAUAACAGAAGACUCUUAUAAACGGAUGAUUAUAUCAAUACAUAUCUUCCAAAAACUCCCAAUGGCAAAAGGUGCAGUCAUUACGACGAAGAAGGAAAUUGUGAUAUAAAAAUAUUCCUACAACUCCAAAAGGUAGAAGGUGGAGUAAUAGCGACAAAGGAACAAACGCUUCACCUACAUUCGUCUUUAAUUCUCCAACAAAAGUACUAUUGCGCAAUGAAUUAAAAAAUCAACGACUACGAUAUUCUCAUAAAAUCAGAAUAUUGAGAAUAAUCGUAUUUUCUGAGUUGAAAUAUAAUUAUUUGUUAGUUUUUGGAGCAGU